ACGAAGAAGAAGAAAUUGGCACCACUGCUGACUGGUCACUCAUGUGGGCUGGCAUUUUUGAGAAACCGAAAGUAGUUCGGAAACUUAGGUGUUGUAUGUAUUUUACUCACACGUUCAUACAUGCUAAGAGCACAGUUUGCCAGAUGUGCGGCGUUGCACUACAUCUACUACUGUAAGCUUGCCCGCAGAUGAUACGAAAUGAAAUUUUCAGCAGAUUAAAAAACUUCCUCAUUUUGGAAGGAAAUAAGAAUGGACUCACAGAGACAGAAACGAAGGAAAGAAAUAAAAGAAGCACUGAAUUUCAUCCAGUCCUCAGUGACAUAUCCGGAUUCUGAAGGCUACAAGGACUUCCUGAUCCACUUAAUAUGCGACCUUCUUGAGGAGGGCAACAGCUGGUUCAGAGAUGGCCAAUGGAAGGAGGCAGUGAGGGAGUUCAGCGAAGGCGUGAAUGUUGCUCAUUAUGUCAAAGUAGAGGGAUUCCAGAUUCCUCCGGCUUUAUUAGAGAGUCUAUAUAUUAACCGAGCGGCUGCCUACGUUAGCAUGGAGGAAUUCGAUAAUGGUGUGAAGGACUGUGACAAAGCUCUGGAGUUGUUUAAGAAAAGUCACAAGACGCUCUACUUGAAGGCUGUUUGUUUGAAAAAUCUUGGCAAGUACAAGGAGGCUUACGACUGCACAAGUAAAUGUCUUCUCAUCUCCAUUCAGGACAAACGGGUGACUGAACUCGCGGAGGAACUUGGGGAACGUCUGGGGCUGAAAAAACGAAAACCUUAUGUGCCUUCUCAUGCAGAAAAUGCCACAGCCCCUUUAAAUGAUACUGCACCAGGACAUAAUGGGCAUCGGUCUGCUGUUUCAAACUUGGACCAACUGGACACUUUAGAGGAAGACUGUGAGCUGAUAGGAGAUGACUUGGACGAUCAGCUGGACUAUGUCCCUUGUGGAGCUGCAGCUGCAUUGGUGGGGUUGCCUGUUUUUCCAAUGAUAAAGAAUGUACCCUUGAAUUAUGCUAAAGAAGGAGACUCACUUCCCAGCAGGGUGCAUCCUUUGAUAGAGCCUGGUCCAAGGCCUCAACUACCCCCAGGCUUCUUCAACUCAUCUGUUAGGCAGUUUAAGACCGGCCACAACUCAAUGGAUGCCCUGGAUGACCUCUCAUCUCCACAGGGACCGCAUUCCUCAGAUAACAUCCCGGGGGUUGCAGAGGGCACAACGUUGAAGACAACAGUGCUAGAUUCCCUCGAUAACCUUUUUUUGAAGUCUCCUUGCGAUCUAGCUGUAGAAACCAAUCUGUCCAUAACAGACCCGGAAAAAUUAGAAAAGUCACUUGUUGAUUUACUUGGGUCUGGUGUGCACCAGCUGGACUCCCUGGAUACCUUCGAUUCAUUUCCUCCAACGAAAGUUGAACCUACUUCUCGCUGUGUCUGUUCUGAAAAAAAGCAAUCCCCAAUGCUUAAGGACAAACAGAGUAAUACACCAACUCCGAUCUCCAAUCCUCUGGCUGCUACUCAUGAGUUUAUGCAGGCCUGUUUCAUUUGCUACGCUCGCUUAGGUCAAGGGGUAACGAGCUUUGUUCACAAGCCUGAACUCGUUCACAACUGUAAGCGAGACGUUCUCUUGUGUAGACGAAAGGCAGAUUUUCCUUUGGCGUGGACAAGAGUGCGACAGCCCCCUACGUGGACUUCCUUCACUGGACCAUUUGUUCUUUGUAAAGAGCUCCUGAUGUCUGGAGAUUUGGGCCUCUGUAAGUUCGGGGAAAAGUGCACAUUUGCCUUCAACCAAAUGGAAAUCGAUGUUUGGACCGAGGAGAGGAAGGGGACGCUGGACAGAAAUCUGCUGUUUGGGCCAUCUCGUGUUGACAAUGUUGACCCUGUGAAUAGCAUUAUACGCCUUCUACAGGAACACAAGGGCAUGUUUAUAUUCCUCUGUCAGGAAUGCUAUGACCGUAAACCUCGUUUUAUUAGUAAGCGCUGCAGAGACAAUCCCACUCUGUGCUCUAACUCGAAUGUCCGCCACUCCUUUGAUGCCAAUAAAUGUUUAGCAUUUGUAGUGACGACAGGCAAUUUCAACUAUAGAAAAGUACGCCCGCUCAACGUGCUAGCCCGCUUUGAAUUAUGCAGCCAAGCCAUUAGCGAUGGAUGCCUCGGGGAGUACAAGUGCCUUAAUGCUCACUCGGUCAUUGAGCUACAAACCUGGCGGGUGCAGCGGAGUUCAGGUAUCACCCCUGAUGAGAUUGUUAAAGUCUCGACAAAUUAUCAUGAACAAGAGGAGAUGAACACAAGAAAAAGGAAUUCAAGUAAAAUGGCUUCUGCUGCUACAAAUAGUGUUGGCGCAUCUAAUGGCAAGAGUUUGAACAUGAACAUGAAGAUGAAAUUUGUCUGUGCUAAGUGCUUUCAAAACGGCCUGGUCUCUACGCCGGACAGAGCUCUCAAGUAUUGCUCUGCCAAGGCCAAGCACACGUGGACAAAAGAGCAAAACACCCUGCUCGUGAAGUCCUUGGAGAAGACUAACUGGGUUCCUGUCAGACCGGUUCCAUAUAAAACUAAGCAUUUCCCUUUAAAAUAUGAAUUGUGCACCCGGAUGAUGGAGAAAAAAAAAUGCACCUACAGCGGAAAUUGUCCUUUCGCCCACAGUGAAGAGGAAAAGGAAAUGUGGAUGUAUAUGAAGACUAAAGAGUACUUUGAAAUGCAGCAGAUGUACGACAUAUGGCUGACAUUAAGCUUACACAAUCACAAGGGACACGGAGACACACCAACUCAGGAUAUCUCAGAAGAAAAAGACAUUGCCAUGCCAACAGACAACGCUGAACAAAUGUUUGGCUUGUACUGCCCUCUGUGUCAGAGGCACAGUAAUGGCGAACGACAGUGGCUGCAACACAUCUCCACUAAAAAGCACAAGGAGCGCCUGUUCAGUUGUGAGCAAGAUGAUGAGGCUUUGAAGUGGAGCUACCGCUUUCCAGGGGCAUUCUUUGAGCUGUGCACCAAGUCAGAAGGUGACUGCCCAGAUGGAGCAAGUUGUGACUUUGCUCACAGUCCAGAGGAGUUGCAGGAAUGGAAAGACAGACGGUGUUUCCUGCGUCGCAAGUUGGCCAGUGCUAAGAAAGACCGUCUCAUCAUGCCUGAUGACGUUGACUUUGGAAAAUACAACUUUAUACUUCAAGACUAAAAGCUGCACCAAAAAAUGUUCAAUUCAUUUUUAUCUUACAUAAAUAUGCCCAACACAAAUGUAUUUUUCUUUUGUUCCACUGGUAGCGUAGUCAUACAUUCAGCUGUCUUUCUUCUUGGCAGUACAGUUUCCAGUCUUGACCAGUGUCACUAUAACAGACCAAUGCCUCAGACAGGGUAAAAUCUAUUUGGGAGGGCAUCCGGCAUGAAAAACAAAAGUUCCAACCAAACACUUGCUUUGCUUUUAUUCUGGCGUUAUUUUGUUCAUCAGCUCAGUGCGAAUAAAACAAUGAUAUUUGGACUUACAUUCUUACGCAGCAGUACCCUACAUCAUUUACACCUAUUCAUAGAUACUCACCUUGCAGGGAAUCUCAUCAUAAUCAGCCUAGCCAUUUUGUUUUAUUUUUAUGC